CAAUUAUUUCCGUACCCUCUUUUUUCUCUAACUAAUAAUUUAUCCCCCCAUACUUUCCUCCAUAAUUACUCUUUUUGUCCUUUCUUUCACAAAAAAAAAAAAAAAAAAAAAAAAACCAAUAUGGCCCAUCUAAGGAAUCUCUUCGUAUUAUUCACCAUUUUUAUGCUUAUUAUAUCAUUUUCAUCUUGUAGCAGUAUUAAAUUCCAAAGUGAAGAAAUAUUAAGAGAAGCUCAAGAUCAUAACAUGAAUCUUGAAAGGGAAUUUGGUUAUGAUUUUCAAGCUUAUCCUUCUAAUUAUUUCAACACCAUUGAUCUUGAAAACAACAACAAUUUUGAUGAUCAAAUUAGUAGAUUUAAUAGAUUCAAGAAUUUGGAGAAAGAUGAAGCAGUUGAGGUUACAACAAUCAAUGUGGAUAGCUUUGGAGCUAAAGGUGAUGGAAAUACAGAUGAUACGAAUGCAUUUCAAAAAGCAUGGAAAGUGGUUUGUUUGUCUUCAGCUGCAGUGAAUUUUGUGGUACCUCAAAACAAGAAAUAUCUUCUCAAACAGAUCAAAUUUUCUGGUCCAUGCAAAUCUUUCAUUUCAAUGCAGAUUUCUGGAACUCUAUUAGCAUCUGAUAAGACUUCGGAUUACAGCAAAGAUAGCAGGCACUGGCUUCAAUUUAAUAAUGUUCGAAACUUGGUUGUUGAAGGAGAAGGAGUUAUCAACGGCAAUGGGAAAAUUUGGUGGCAAAAUUCUUGCAAAAUUAAUAAAAAAUUGCCGUGCAAGCAUGCACCCACGGCCCUAACAUUCUACAACUGCAACAACUUGAAAGUGAGGGAACUUAAGAUAGAAAAUGCACAACAAAUGCAUGUCUCAUUUGAGAGAUGCUCUGGAGUUGAAGUUACAAAACUGGUUGUGAGUGCUCCAGAAAAUAGCCCUAACACUGAUGGUAUCCAUAUAACAAACACCAAAAACAUCACAAUUUCUAGUUGUUCCAUUGGCACAGGUGAUGAUUGCAUCUCAAUUGAGAGUGGAUCCCGAAAUGUUCAAGCCAAAGACAUUACUUGUGGACCAGGUCAUGGAAUAAGUAUUGGAAGCUUGGGAGAUGGAAAUUCAGAAGCUCAUGUGUCUAAUAUUUUUGUGUAUGGAGCUAAGCUUACUGGAACUACAAAUGGACUUAGGAUCAAGACUUGGCAGGGAGGAUCUGGAAGUGCAAAUAACAUCAAAUUUCAAAAUGUGGUGAUGAAUGGUGUUAAAACCCCCAUUAUUAUAGACCAAAACUAUUGUGAUCAAGAUUCUCCAUGCAAAGAACAGGAUUCAGCAGUUCAAGUGAAAAAUGUGAUUUAUCUAAACAUCAAAGGCACAAGCGCGACGAAUGAAGCUAUAAAUUUUGAUUGCAGCAAAAACUUUCCAUGUCAAGGAAUUUUAUUGCAGAAUGUAAACUUGGUUGGGGAAAAUGGUGAAACUUCAAAAGCUGUUUGCAAUCAUGUCAAUUUUGUCAACAUUUCAGCUGUCUCUCCAAAAUGUCCCCAAAUGAAUUGAUUUUCAAUGUUUCUUUUGUGUAAUUAAGUACAUAGAAUUUUUAAUAGGGUAUUGGUUAUUAGUAGGUGUAAAUGUUACAAUAGAAUAAAAAUGGGUAGAAAACAUUAAGUAUUAGAAUACAACAUGAGAUGAUUUGUGUUCAAUAUAAAAAUAGUUUGGUUGUAUGAUAUGAUAUUCUUUUGGUAUUUCUCAUGAACAAAAUAUUGUUGUAAUUACUGAAGUUGGAGAAUUAUAUUUAAACAGAUAUUUGUUUUUCAA